UUCCAAUGAAGAGUCAUUUGGAAAUGAAUUGAAUUUACGUACCCUGACCUAUAUGGAGUGGAAAGUCAUGUUCUGGUGAAGAGAGAGGUCAACUGCCAGGUUGAGUAGUACCAUGAAUGCUAUUGUUGCUCUUUGUCAUUUUUGUGAGCUCCAUGGCCCUCGAACCCUCUUCUGUACAGAAGUUCUACACUCUCCCCUUCCCCAGGGGGCUGGAAAUGGAGAUAGCCCUGGGCAGGGGGAACAGGCUGAAGAGGAGGAAGGUGGAAUCCAAAUGAGCAGUAGAAUUCGCUCUCACAGCCCAGCAGAAGGGGCCAGUGCAGAAUCCAGUAGUCCAGGACCAAAGAAAUCAGACAUGUGUGAGGGCUGUCGAUCACUUGCAGCAGGACAUCCUGGGUACAUUAGCCAUGACAAAGAAACCUCAAUAAAAUAUGUUAGUCACCAGCACCCAAAUCAUCCACAACUCUUCAGUAUUGUUCGCCAAGCCUGUGUUCGAAGUUUGAGUUGUGAGGUGUGUCCUGGUCGUGAAGGCCCCAUUUUCUUUGGGGAUGAACAACAUGGUUUUGUGUUCAGCCACACUUUUUUCAUAAAAGACAGUUUGGCCCGGGGUUUCCAGCGCUGGUAUAGCAUCAUUGCCAUCAUGAUGGACCGGAUUUAUCUCAUCAACUCCUGGCCCUUCCUACUGGAGAAGAUUCGAGGAAUCAUUGAUGAACUUCAAGGCAAAGCACUGAAGGUGUUUGAGGCAGAACAGUAUGGCUGUCCACAACGUGCCCAGCGGAUGAACACAGCUUUUACUCCAUUUUUACACCAGAGAAAUGGCAAUGCAGCCCGUUCUCUCACAUCAUUGACAAGUGACGAAAAUUUGUGGGCAUGUCUGCAUACUUCCUUUGCUUGGCUCCUGAAAGCUUGUGGCAGUAGACUGACGGAAAAACUCCUGGAGGGAGCACCCACUGAAGACACAUUGGUUCAGAUGGAAAAACUUGCUGACCUAGAGGAAGAAUCAGAGAGCUGGGACAACUCUGAAGGUGAAGAGGAAGAGAGAACUCUUUCUAUGACUGAAGCCACAGAUGGGAGGGAGUUAGCCAAAUGCCCAACCAAGUCCUCUUUACUCUCUGACUGUGGCAGCUGGCUGCCCCGAAAGCUGUCCGUCUUUAAAUCUCUCCGACACAUGAGACAGGUCUUAGGUGCACCUUCUUUUCGUAUGUUGGCAUGGCAUGUGCUAAUGGGAAACCAGGUCAUUUGGAAAGGGCAAGAUGUGGAUCUUGUCCAAUCGGCUUUUGAUGUUCUUCGGACCAUGCUGCCUGUAGGUUGUGUCCGAAUUAUCCCCUAUAGUAGUCAGUAUGAGGAGGCAUAUCGAUGUAAUUUUCUUGGACUCAGUCCUCAUGUUCAAAUACCAUCUUACAUACAGACCUCUGAAUUUGCUGUCAUUGUUGAGGUCCACACAGCCACUUGUUCCAGUGUUUAUCCAGUUGCAUGUGAUGAAGAUCAGUCUCUAAGCAAGUAUGAGUUUGUGGUCACCAGUGGAGGCCCCAUAGCUACUGAUCGAGUUGGACCCACUAUCUUGAACAAAAUUGAAGCUGCUCUCACCAAUCAGAACCUUUCAGUGGACGUUGUGGAUCAAUGCCUCGUUUGCCUCAAGGAAGAGUGGAUGAACAAAGUGAAGGUGCUUUUCAAAUUCACCAAAGUGGACAGUCGGCCCAAAGAGGACACCCAGAAACUUUUAAGCAUUUUGGGAGCAGCUGAGGAAGAUAAUGUAAAACUCCUGAAGUUCUGGAUGACUGGGUUAAGCAAGACCUACAAAUCACACCUCAUGUCUACUGUUCGAAGCCCUACUUCCUCAGAAUCUCGAAACUGAUGGCAUGGUGGGAGUGUAUAUCUCAGGAUUUUGUCUCCUGGGAUCAUGUUAUUCAUUUCCCUUUCUAACAUGUCCACAGCACAUCAUUGUUUGAAUCACAAAAUAUAAUUGUCCACAAAUUCCACUUGGAGAACUAUAAGUUUAAUCUUUGAAUUGCUCAGAAAUUAGACAUUUUCCACCCAGAAAUGUACACAGAUAAACCUAAUUUCUGGCCUCCACGUGGUAGUUGUAACUAAUCCUGUUUUUUCUUCAGAACUUAAAAAAGGAACAGCCCACCCACACAGUGACAUUGGAAAAUAUAAACAACUGUAUUCUUAUCCAUAUCAGUUCAUCUCCUAAUGGGGCAAUGGAGAGAGAAACUAUAAGAAAAACUUACAUUUGUUAGUGCUAAAGACUUUUUCAUUUCAAAUUUUAGAAAAGAAAAAAGCUGAAGUUAGGGUCAGAUUUUGCUACAAAUUUUUUUUUCAACACUUCCAAUUUAAGACUGAGCGAGACUUAUGUGAUUUUUCAGUUUGGUAGAGAACAUCCAGAGUUUCCUCAGUUCCCUCACCAUUUUUAGUAAUCUAAUCUUGAGUCUGAGAGCUGCUCUGGGUCUUUGGAAAAGAUUUGUAGAGUUAUAGCAGCUAUUUAUCCUUAAAUGGAUUCGAAUUCUAUUUGAAGUGAGAAAAAUAGGUAAUCAAUUAUUUUUGGAAUGGAAACCCAACAACAAGCUAAAGACACUCAUUUGCAAAUGUACUCUAGCUAGGGUUCUCUGUAGUUGCAUGUGAAAAUAACCUGUGACCUCCAAUUUUGAAGAGGCUUAUUAUUUUAUAUAAAGCUGUUACUUUUGCCUAAAUGUUAAAUAUAGACAUUUAAUUUCCCAACCUGAGAAAAUGUGAAUUAGAGUUCCUAAUAAUAGCAUUUAGAUUCUGACCUUUCAUAAUCACUCUGCCCUUCAGAACUUGUUAAAGCCUUGACUAAUAACAACUAAAAGCAAUUUCAAGAUUAUGGUAGAUUUUUAAAUUUCAUCAACCCAUUGCAAUUGCAUUUCUAACAAGACUUGGUGAUUUUGCAACAACUUUUUUGCUGAUUUAUCUAAGGGGGGAUUUGUUGGUGUUUAUUUAAAUUAUAUUUAACACGAAAAUUAAGUUUUUAUGUCGUUAACUCUAUAAUGCUAAAGCAUUAAAACACAAUAAAGAUGUAUUUUUGUAAAGUGGAGAAGAGAAGUAUUUUUGAACUAGUAUGUGAAACAUAGUUGGCUUCAGCAAUGCAAUGUGUUAUUAUGAACAGCUUAUGAAAAGUAGGUUAAACUCUUAAAUAUUUAAAUAAUUAAAAUCUUGGGAGCUCUUUCCCAAAGUGUAGUUAUUCAUUUCAAGAUACCAACUGUAAAUGAUUUGCCUCUUAAUAAAUUUGUAAAUACAUCUCUAUUAUAUAUUUUUUGGACAUGCCCAAUUUGGGAAGUUGUUUUGCUGGAGUAUACUUUUUUCAGUGAGGGAAGAGAGAGGUGGGAGAGAAAAUAGACUUUUAUUAAUUUUAUAUAAAGCAUGUAAAUCUAAGAAGAUGGUUGUCUCAAAAGAAGUAUUACCAAGAGAUGAUUUGGACAGGGUAUUUAACUUUAACAGAUAGGUCAAUAAAGACUUGUCUAGCCAAA